UUGCUCAAUGCUCAAUGCUCAAUGCAUUUGUCCGUAAGUUGUGAGUGUGUCAGGCUAAGCCAAAUCCUGGCGUCCCACUAAAACGCGAAAAACACCCUUACCCGCCAUUCCGUGGUGGACCCGUGAAGCAACCCCCAGUGACCCUACAGCCCUCCCGCCCUCCACUCGUUCUUUUCUGCCCGUGAUUGAUAGUGCGUGUGUGAGAGAGAGAGAGAGAGAGAUAGAGCGAGUGCCAUGGGCCGCAAACAGGGUAGCGUCCACGUGCGGGUGGACAUGGACGGACAAGGAGGCGGAGGACGAAGACCCUAUAUCAGUCACGAUGACCGGGGCCAAUCGGGCUAUCAUCAACCGCCCUCGCACAACCGGGUGUGGCGGAAGAACGACAAACGCGUGUCGUUUCAAGACCGAGGCGGCGGAGGCGGCAUCCACAAGCGCCAUGGCGGUCACAAACCAUCCCGCAACGUGUUCAACUCCCUGUCCACUUUAACCGAGGGCGAUGAAGACAUGAGUCAUGCCGGAACCUCUCGCCGGGGCGGGUACUCGACACGGGGCGGAUAUCAAAGAGGCCGGGCUCGAGUCGUGGGAGCUGGAGGUCCGGGUAUUCGCAAAGGUCGCGGCCGAGGCAAACCCGGUUACAUCAACCACUCGGCCAUCGUUCGCGCUGCCGGCGGCACUCUCCCCCAAGCUCGAGGUUGGCACCGUGUCACCAUCCGGAAAGGUCCCCUGUAUCCCAAGAACGAGUUGCUGUCCAUGUUGGUGGCCAAAUGCCCCGUGCCCUUCGCCCCGAUCUCCUUCAUCAAAGAAGGCAACGCCAACUGUUUCUACGUGGAGAACAAAGAGAUGGCUACGGCGUUGACCGGACUCUACGAGAAGAUCAUCAUGUCCGAUGGGUCCAAAUUGGGCAUCAUGGCCCGCCCCAGUCCACCGCCCAAGGCCUCUCACCCGGAUGGAGAGAUGCUGGACAAGCUCAAGGCCGUGAUGAGCUCGCGGUUUCUUCCGGAAACGAAAGCCUUGAAUUUGCGGAAGUUCUACGCAGACCCGCAGUUUUUGGGCGAGCCGUUCUACGCUCCCUUGAAUCGGUCACUCAUCAUGAAUCACAUCAUCAAGAUCAUAGGUGAACACAUACCUGGGAUCGAAGCCAUCGACCUGUCGGAAAACGACCUCCGAUCCUUGGACGAUUUGGAAAAACUCGUAGAAAAAGCGCCGAAUGUGAAGAUUCUCCACUUGAGCAAAAACAACAUCAGCAACGUAAAGGACUUCAUCAUGAUCAAGGAUUGGAAGUUACUAGAUUUGAAGGUGGAUAACAAUCCUUUGAUCGACAAACUCACCGACUACAUCGGCGCCAUUCGGACGGUCUUCCCAAAUCUGGUAACCUUGGAUGGAGCGGAACUCCCGAAGUUGAUCACCUUUGAUGAUGAUGAUACCACCCAACUUCCGCCCACGAUAAUCAAGCAAUCCGUGGCCGCUGAGGCAGAAAGUCUGGUGCUCCAAUUCUUAGAACAAUAUCUUCGGGUUUUCGAUUCGGAAAACCGAGAGCCUUUGGUGGAGGCCUAUCACACGGACGCCGUAAUGUCCUUGAACACAGCCUAUCCCCUCAACAGCGCCUCCCAAGGUCAUAAUAAACUGACGGAGUAUAUUGUCGAGUCCAGAAACUUGUUCGAAGUCAACCACGUGAACAAACGCAUGAAACAGCUCCACACGGGAAAACUCUCCAUCGUAGCCUUCCUGAACUCGUUGCCCAAGACCGAAACCGACAUGAGCUCCCUCACAUUGGACAUCCCCUUCGCCACGGAACGCCUCAUGACUUUCACCGUCACCGGACUAUUCAAGCAAAGAACGGCCAAAGGCUCGCCUAUCCGACACUUCAACCGGGUUUUCCUCGUGGUUCCUCAGGGUGCCGGUUUUGUGAUUGUGAACGAAAUGCUCUACAUCACCACACCCACCCCACUGCAACUUCAGACCGCCUUUAAGGUUGGAGGAGGGGUUCCAAAUCCGUCGCCUGCUCUGGAUGCAAACGCUAUGCAACUCAGAUGUUCGCAAUUUGCAGAGAAAACCGGCAUGAACCUCGAAUUUUGCAAGCAAUGCUUGGAAUUGUCGAGUUGGGAUUUAGACCGAGGAUAUGCCGCCUUCUUGACCGCCAAAAACGAGGGGAAAAUCCCAUCAGAAGCAUUUUUGAAAUGAAACUCUCCGCGGAGACGAGAAAAAUCCACAUUGAAACACACAAAAAACACAUCAGAAACUAUCUCAUGGAACCCUCCCAUUGUGUAAAACAAAUAUGAAUAAUUAUAAACCAUCAUGUACAUAACGUCGAGAAAAAUCCAGAGUUUGCGUCUGCUUUCAA